AAACAAAAUAAUUUUUGUGCUUGGGAUUGAGAAUUGAGAUGCUCAAAUAUUAUAGUAUUUUUCGUAAUCAUGCUAUGAAUUACAAUAAAUAGUUUGUAAUUUAACUCCUGCUUAACUUAAUUCACGUAUUAUUGAUAUUACAAUGUGAGCGAUUAAGACUUUCACACAGUAAUAAUAAGUAAAAUGGAGGUAAAAUUAUGGUCAUUUUGUGUGUGAGCGUUAGACAACGUAGCUAUAAAUAUACAAGAAAAUAGUUUAAAAUGCGCUGCUGUGUGCCCUUCUGUUGCAAUUCUUCGAAAAAUACCUCCACAUCUCAAGGAAUUACAUAUCAUAGAUUUCCUCUAGAGCCAGGCCCUCGGAACUCCUGGUUGCAGGCCUUAAACAAAGAUGCAGCCAACCUCCCCGCCCGUGCGGCGGUCUGCUCACAACACUUCAUGUAUGAUGAUUUCUAUGUCACCAAGAGCGGGAUGAGGAAGGUUCGCCCUGAGGCUGUACCUUUGGUUAUUCAUGUAUGUUUGAUAUGCUUGGACACAGACAGAAAAAUGUAUCCACUGAGCAAAUACCAGUUGAAGGAGCCAUAUCAAAUAUUAACAGGUUUUGUGCAGGAACAUCAAGACAUGAUGCCGAGCACACUGUGCAGUGAGUGUGCACACCGAUUGGUAAACUUCAGCAAGUUCAGAGACAAGAGCAUGCGCGCACUAUCGCUUAUGUUGGAUUUGAUCAAAGAGUACAAAUCUGUAACAAUCCAAAAUAUAAAGACAAUAAAUAGAGAAGAGAAUCACUUAUCAUCGACCAUUGUUCAGAAACUUUUUGAACCCGAUAACUAUGAUUUAUGUAUAUCAGAUGACUCGCACGAUAAACCAAUAGUUUUAAAUGAUAUUAACUUAACUGAUAAACUAACUGUAACUGUAACGGUUAAAAACGAAGAGUACUUGGAUGACGAUUAUAUAGAGAAUAAAGAUGAUUUAAAUAUAAACAAUGAUAAUGAUGAAUCAAAUAAAGCAAAUAUAAAUAAUGAUGAUGAAUCAAAUAACGGAAACAAUGAGGGAAAUGAAAACAGUGAUAAUGAUGUAGAUUUUGCGAACGUCUUCAAUGAUUACUCCACAGAUGACAGUCUUCCUCUAGAGACUAAAAGGAAGAAGAUUUUGAAAAAGGAGAAGAGUAAAAAGAAAAUAAAAGUCAUAGAACCGAAAAUAGAUAGACGGAGACGACCGUUUUUGAAUAAUGAUUUGAAUGAAACCUUAUUCACUAUAACUGAUCUGAGUUUUGAUGAACAAAUAGCUGAUAUUAUGAAGAGACAGGAAACUGCUAAUUAUAAGAAUUCACGUUUCAAAUGCACGCUUUGUUACAAAGGAUUUUUGGAUGAAGAAGCAUAUAAUGGGCAUAUGUCGAGACAUACUAAUCAAUGCGGCGAGUACGAGUGCGCGAUAUGCAAGACGCACUUCAAGCACCCGCACGCGCUGCGCAAGCACAUCACGGCGCACCACACGCAGCGCUUCAGCUGCAACUCGUGCGCGUACGUCACCACGCACAGGCAGACCGCGCGCCUGCACGAGCGCUGGCACAAGGGCACCAAGUACCAGUGCCCGCAUUGUCCGGACGAGUUCGUCAAGUUCACAACAUACAUGGGUCACAUACGGAUAAAACAUCCCUCGGACUUCGUGUGCGAGCUGUGUGGAUACUCCUUCGUGAGCGAGAAGGGCAUUGACCUCCACAAGAAGUUGAAGCAUCGUUUGGACGAUAGACAAAUACCAGAAGACGGUCCGCUAUGUGAACCCUGCAACGUGCGAUUCGUCUCCGAGGCGGCCUACAAGAGGCAUCGUCAGGUGUCGACCAAACAUAACAGCGACGACAAGGACAAGGGCAAGAGGAAGAGGGAGUUGAAGGAGAAGAAGCCGGAGUGCGGGGAGAGGAAUGAGAGGAGAAUGUACCCCAGCCAGAUACGGAAAGCGGAAGGGCCGAUAUCUUGUGAGCAGUGCGGCAUGCAGCUGGAGGACUCCAGGGCGUACCACGGCCACUUCCGACGCCAUCACCCGGACAAGAAUCGAACCAAGUACCCUUCCAUGAAGUCGCCUUUCAUGUGCGAGUCCUGUGGACGCAUGUUCCAGAGCUACGCCCUAUUGAAGGACCACCGCUGGGUGCACACCGGCGAGAGGCCGUUCGCGUGCGAUUCGUGCGGCAAGUCGUUCCGCAUGAAGCAGCGGCUGGUCGCGCACCGGCGCGUGCACAGCCAGGUGCGCGCGACGUACGUGUGCGGCUUGUGCGGGAAGAGCUUCUCCACGCACAGCAACCGGCAGAGGCAUAUGGUGAUCCACACCGGCCUGAAACCGUUCAAGUGUGAGAUGUGCGGCAAAUGCUUUAAGCAUUCUAGCGAGAAGCGCGCGCACGUCACAUACGUGCACCUGAAGAAGCCGUGGCCCAAGCGCGCGCGCGGCAAGCGGCGGCAGGACCGACCGGGACAGAUGCAGGCGCAAGGCGUGGCGACAGCGGGUGUGAGCGAGAUGGACAUAGGCCAGCAAGUUUGGGCCGCGUGCGAGCCCAAGCAUCACAACAUGAACAUGAUGGAUGACAAGCCGCUAUAUUACAAUAAUAUUAAAAUAUAAAUAUGUA